GAAAAGUUAUGCAUUGAUGAAAAAUGCAUUUUUGUAAUCGUUACACUAAAUUUCUUAUUAACAUAAAAGAAACAAUUUGUAGUGAUUAAAAACAUUUAAAUCUUCCUCAUAUUUAACAAUCAUAAAUAAUGAACGUAUAAACUUGUUCUUAUAAUAUUUAUCGAGAAGUAUUUAAAAACGAAAUCAACAGAAAACAAUCAGAACGUCAUCGAACGAAUAUCAUCUAAAAAUUCUAUAUUUUUUCACAUUUAUUGAACACUCCUAGGUUAGCUGUAUGUCAUUGGAUGAAUAAAUAUACCUAAGAGAAAAUGUGAAAAAUAAUGAAGAGUAUAACCUAUAAAUAUUAAUAUAUCUUAAUAAUAACUUUAUAAUGAUAAUUCUUAAGUUUUAUAGAAAUUCGAAUCAUGCAUAUUGUGUAUCAAGGAAAAUUCUAGAUGAAGCAGUUAAAAAAUUAUCAAUCCGAUGUUUACAAUUUUCCACCAAAAGUAGUGUGCUAGGUAACGAAAUUUGGGAGAGUAAAAAUUUAUCAAACAAUUUAUUAUUUAACAGUAUCAUAAAUGCAAAGCAAAAUGAAGUGAGUUACUUUCAAGCCCGUAAACAAUUUUUAAAAAGAAAAGAAAAAGUAGAAGCUAUUCAGCCAUUGCCUUUGUCAUUAAAAUAUUUAUAUGAAGAUGAAAUUGAAACUAAAACUGAAAAAACACCACAAAAAAAUUAUGAUGAAACUAAAAAUGUGCAAUUUCCAUAUUAUACCAAUAUAUCAAUCAAUGAUAUAAAUACUAACAAGAAUAAAAAAAUUCACAAUGAAACAGAAAAUGUAAAUGACGAAAUACGAACCAGAUAUGAAGGUUUGAAAAAUUGGAUGAAUGCAUAUGACAAUUUAGAAAAUGACUGUGAGGAAGAAAAUACUGAAAAUAAUAGGGUUAAUUAUGGCACUCCUGACCCUUUAAGUCAAAUUAGUAAUGUUCCUUGUGGAGGAUGUGGUGCUUAUCUUCACUGUAAAGAUACUGCUAUCCCAGGUUAUAUUCCUUCAGAAAUUUUCAAAAAUGCCUAUAAACCAGGUGGAUCUAGUUUAGAGGCUAUAAUUUGUCAGAGAUGUUUUUUUUUUAAAGAACAUGAUAUUGCUCUUCAAGUUAGAGUAUCUGCAGAAGACUAUCCAAAAGUAUUAACUUCAAUAACAAAUAAUAAAGCAAUGAUUAUCCUAAUGGUUGAUCUAACUGAUUUCCCAUGUUCAAUAUGGCCAGGAAUUGCUGAUAUUUUAGGUAGAAAAACCCCAAUCUUCGUUGUUGGAAAUAAAAUUGAUUUAAUUCCCAAGGAUACUAAUAAAUUUAUAUCUAUUAUUAAACAGAAGUUGUUGGAUUACAUUAAAGUAUGUGGAUUUGGAACUUCAAAUAUAUUAGGCAUAACUUUGAUUUCAGCAAAAACAGGUUAUGGAAUAGAAGAAUUGAUAACCUCAUUACAUUCUUUACAGAAUGUAAAAGGAGAUGUAUAUUUAGUAGGAUGUACUAAUGUGGGUAAAUCAACUUUAUUUAACGCCCUUCUUGGAUCUGAUUUUUGCAAAACACAAGCAUUAGAUCUAAUACAAAGAGCAACUACAAGUCAAUGGCCUGGUACUACUUUGAAUUUACUGAAAUUUCCAAUUUUGCGUCCUUCUGCACGUCGUUUAUAUAUGAGAAAUUUAAGACUAACAAAAAUGUCUAAAGAAAUAUGGGCAGAAGAAGAAAGGAGACAGGAACAGUUGAAAGUUAAUAACAUAGCUGCCAAUGCAACUCUCAUUGGUAGAAUUGAACAUACCUUUCCCAAACACAACACUGGAACAGAAAAACUUGAUGGAUUUUCAGUAAAUCAAAAUGUGCAAAUGAAAGGAAUUACAAAACUUGGUAUAAAUCCAAAUAAUCCAGAAUUUGCACUCGGCAGAUGGUGUUAUGACACUCCGGGAGUGGUCCACCCAGAUCAAAUCCUUGAUUUGCUUACUUUAGAUGAACUCAUAUUAACCUUACCUAAAGAGCUAAUCAAACCUGAAACAUUCUGUAUAAAACCUGGAACUAGUUUGUAUAUCGCUGGAUUAGCUCGAUUGGAUUAUCUUGAUGGGCCCGACUCCAUUAAAUUAACAGUUUUUCGAUCGAAUGAACUACCAAUAACAAUUUGUAAACUAGAGUUAGCAGAAAAAAUAUAUAAUGAUUUGCUUGGAACUGAAUUAUUUAAAGUCCCAAUCAAGGGGGGCGAUAGAUUAACAAAAUGGCCAGGUUUAGAAAAAGGUGAACCAUUUAGAAUAGAAGGAAUUGACAGAAGAGUGGCAUCAAAUGAUGUGGUACUAUCAAAUGCAGGAUGGAUAUCUACAACUGGCAGUCAUAAUUCAAAAUAUAGUUUCCAAGCAUGGACUCCAGAGAAAAGGGGUAUCUAUCUAAGAGAUUCUAUUUUACCCAAAAUUGCAAAAUUAAGAGGAAAAAGAAUUGGGCAUACAGUAGCUUACGAAGGACACACUUUUAUAUGAAUAGUAAUAUAAUUUUAGAAAUAA